GUAAUGAUGUUUAUUCCUCUAAUAAUUAUAUUAACACCAUUGAUAGUACUAGUGAUAACCAACAGAAUUGGCUAUUAUUAUCAGUUUGUUAUGAAUAUAUCAAUGCUUUGUAUUUCAAGCCAUGGACUUGUUGAGAGCAUUUCAGUGGUUUCAGUGCACCGUUCUUAUCGUGCAACAGUGAGAAAAAUGUUACGUGAUCUGAUUCGCACCCGUAAGACGCUGAAGCUUCUAAAAACUAAUGAUUUGUUUGAUUUCAGGGUUUUAAUUAUUUUUGCUCUACUCGGAUCAUUUGAAUAUGUAAAAUUUAUUUAUUUCCCUUCAUUUUUUCCUUAAUAUAUUUAAUUACAUUUUUCAAAAAAAUUAUUUGAUCAAUGGUUUACCUUAUUUAUUUGGUUCUUGACUUUUAACAAGUGUGAUUGAUUGAAUAAAACAUUAUUAUUGGCUAAAUCAAUUGAUAAAUCAAAUUCAACCAGAUAAUUAAAUAACGCACAUGUGGAGCAUACAUUUCAGGCAAUUUACAUCUCGCAAAUAUUUUCAAUAAUUAGUAGCCUAUUCAUUGGAUUUAUACUCACAGGAAAUGAUGAACUUAUCACUAAUCUGUAUUGGAUUUCACGGUAUUGCUGAAAGUAUUGCAAUUGUAACAGUACAUCAUCAUUACCGGAAAAGUGUGAAACGGAUGUU